AUUAUUUGUUUUUGUUCCAGGCCAACAUGUCACUCGGCACCAUGUCCCGGGGUCGGAGGGCGGCUCUCUCCACGCUUGGCGUAGUGCUGGCUGGGGGAGCCGGCUUGGCAUUGGCACUCCACAGGUCCGUUAAAGCUUCUGACCUGGAAUUACACGCCCCCAGCUACCCCUGGAGCCACGGAGGGUUCCUCUCCUCUCUGGAUCACGCCAGCGUCCGGCGGGGCUAUCAAGUAUACAAGCAGGUGUGUGCGGCCUGUCACAGUAUGGACUAUCUGGCCUUCAGGAACCUGGUUGGUGUUUCCCAUACAGAAGCUGAAGCCAAAGCCUUGGCUGAGGAGUUUGAGAUCUUGGACGGUCCUGAUGACAACGGCGAGAUGUUCACUCGUCCAGGGAAACUGUCUGACCACUUCCCCAAGCCGUACCUCAACCCUGAGGCAGCUAGAGCAGCCAAUAACGGCGCACUGCCCCCUGAUCUCAGCUACAUUGCCAACGCCAGGCACGGAGGAGAGGAUUAUAUCUUUUCUCUUCUCACCGGAUACUGCGAUCCUCCAGCCGGUGUCACUAUGAGGGAAGGCCUGUACUUCAACCCCUACUUCCUGGGACAGGCUAUCGGUAUGGCGCCUCCGAUCUAUAACGAGGUGCUGGAGUAUGAUGAUGGGACCCCGGCCUCAAUGUCUCAGGUGGCUAAAGACGUCUGCACGUUCCUGCGAUGGGCCUCCGAACCAGAACACGAUGACCGCAAGCGCAUGGGCAUGAAGAUUGUCAUGAUGACGACUUUCAUCGCUGCCGUUAUCUACUACAUGAAGAGACAUCGGUGGUCUGUUCUGAAGUCCCGGAAGAUGGCCUACAAACCUCCUCAGUAACCAAAACGAUUGUAUGUGACUCAUCUACACCGGGAUCCCUCCCACACUCACAGGGACGGAUCGCGUCCCUUCUGCCUCCUCGGAGCGGGGGCUGCACCCCCCGGACACAGUGCUGCAUUGUACUAUUAUUAUUUUCCUGGUUCCGGCUCUCAGCGCUCUCCCAUGGUUUAUUUUUUAUUUUAUUUUGAGCUGAUUACUUUUUUUUUUUGCUUGUUGGUUAUUCAUCCGUUUCGUCCAUAAUAAGCCACCUUAUCCGGGAGGAAAAAGGGACUCGCCGGGAAAAAAAUGUUUCAGAAAGUUCUGGGUUUCCAUUCAUUCCCUGUUUGGGGAGGCUCGUAAAUUAAAAAAAAAAUAUUUUAAA